AAUAAACAUGAAUAAACUAAUCACCUAUGAAGAAAAUUUAUCUGAAGAGUUCCUAGAUGAACACGCUUCAGCUUCAAGUGUCAAUAUAUCUCCUAACAUUGCUAAGAAUAUGGAAAAGUGCUUUUUCAACAACAAGAUAGAGUUCGUCCGGAACAAUGAGCCUAAGACUCCCCCAUUGGGCACUUCGAGAUUCUCAACAUCUCCAUGAAUCACAGAAUCGAAGCAAGAUAGUUUCCUUACUGUUCCAAAAAGAAUUCCUUGUAUAAAUUUCUCUAAGACUUCUUCCCCAAAAUCCAACCUGCAGAGCGACAUUAAAUCCUUACUACACAAAGCCAUGGAGAUCAGGGCUUUCUCUAACCCAAUUAGGAAAGGAAUAAACACUCCUGCCAAUUUAAAACCCAAGAAGGGGCUUGCUAGGAGGAAACUCGUGAGAGGAGUGACUAUCCAUGACUGUGAAAGCGCCAAAUGCUUCCAAUAAACCUUAAACUUCUUUAUAAUAAUUAAACUUCGA